AUGUCUAGCUUGCGAAUCCUUUCGCGAAAUUACCCUGAACGUACUCUAGCUUUGGCCACUAGCGACUACGUUCUAAUUUUCAAGCAUAGCUCUACAAUCUCCAAACCCAGCACCCAACGGCGAACCGAUCAACCACGUUGUUUAGUUGAAUUUGUUAGUCAGUCAGACGUAGAGUUGAGCAGCUAUCGAAGACUAGGCGAUGGGUACGGUACUCUUGGAUUGAUUACUCUUGGAGACGAGGUUUUUCUUUCCGUUGUCACUGCCCGUUCCAAAGCCGCAACGAUCAGGCCCGGGGAGAAUAUUUCCCGAAUUGACAACGUGGAUUUCUUCUGCCUGAACCACUCAGAAUAUGAGGAUGGCUUUGAACCCGAGAUGGGAUCGUCCCCUACCACUGACGACCUAUCCCAUAUCGCUGGCCUGGACGCCAAAGAGCUGGUUGCGGAACAUCCCUUUCUAGCUCUGAAAAAGCUUCUCAGUGACGGCAGCUUCUACUAUAGCCUUGAUUUCAACUUGACAGACAGGCUACAGGACCGCUCGGACAAGUCGGCAACUUUCGACAUUGAGUCCCUCGAUGAAGACAUGCUCUGGAAUUCGUACAUGAUCCACCCUCUUCUUCUUUUUAGGAGUCAUCUAUCGCCCUCCGAAAAACAGCAGCUUGAUUCUUGUCAGAUCCUGACCUGUGUGAUAAGGGGUUUCGCCAGUACCUUAACCAUUCCGGCAUCCGUCCCUAUCUUGCCUCAAUUAAAAACUCAUUACCCUUCUACGCUAAGCAUAAUAUCACGACAGUCUUCUCGACGUGCUGGGACAAGGUUCAACUCCCGCGGCAUCGACGAUGAUGGCAAUGUCGCAAAUUAUGUUGAGACCGAAACAGUGUUCUGGACGCCGCCUGGCAUCACGUUCUCUUAUGUCCAGGUUCGUGGAUCAGUGCCAAUAUUUUGGGAACAGGCAACGGGAUUUCUUCCCGGCCAGCAGAAAAUCGACGUGACCCGAUCUAGCGAGGCAACGCAGCACGCAUUUGACAAGCAUUUUGAGGGGCUUGAAUUAGAAUAUGGUGCAAUUCAUGUUGUUAAUCUCCUCAGUGAACUGAAGCCCGCAGAAUCAGAUCUUUCGGCGAAAUACCGAGAGCAUAUCAGGAAAAGCCCCCUCAACCAAAGGAGAGGGCUGGGUAGCUUCUCAGACCACACACUCCUACGUGCUACGGAGUUUGAUUUUCAUGCAGAAACCCGUGGCCCGCUGGGCUAUGCAGCUAGCACCCUUGUCAAACAUGAGAUCUCACAUUCUAUGGAUGGCUUUGCAUUCUUCUUGUCCGAGAAUGGCUCUGCAAUAAGAUCCUCGAAUGAAAGCCAGGCAAUGCCUAUGGGCUCUUCUACCGUUCUCCAACAGGAGGGUGUCUUUCGGACUAACUGCUUGGAUUGUCUUGAUAGGACUAACCAUGUGCAAAACAUCAUUAGUUCAAUGGCCCUUGAAUCUUUUUUCCUCCAACAGGGAGCGAACUUGGGCCCUGAUAUACAGCUCAGGCAUUCGACUCUUUGGGCUGAUAAUGGAGACGCACUGUCUAAGAUAUAUGCCGGUACAGGAGCUCUGAAAAGUUCUUUCACACGUCAUGGAAAGAUGUCACUUGCUGGCGCACUUGCAGAUGCUCGCAAAACCGCUACUCGACUUUAUAUCAACAACUUUUCAGACAAAGCGCGGCAAAAAACGAUCGAUCUUUUGUUGGGACGUCUUACGGACCAAGGAACGGUGCAUCUUUUUGACCCGAUUAACGACUUGGUUUCGACCGAACUAAACCGGCGGGCGUCAGAAUACACUUUUACCAAAUCGAUCAAGAUUUGGACUGGAACGUUCAAUGUGAAUGGCCGGCACCUGGGAGCAGAUGUCGAUUUAGCAGCAUGGUUAUUGCCAGAGCUUGAAACCAACGACCCCAUGAUAUUCGCUGUUGGAUUCCAGGAAAUAGUUACGUUGAGUCCCCAACAAAUAAUGUCCACUGACCCAUCCACUCGUAAAACCUGGGAGGCCGCGGUUGGGAAAUGUCUGAAUAGCUCUGCGAGGUCCAGGGGAACUGCGAAAUAUGUUCUUUUACGAAGUGGCCAACUAGUUGGCGCUGCCCUGGUCGUAUUUGUGAGAGAAGAUGUUCUGAAGGAGAUAAAAAAUGUCGAGGGGAGUGUGAAGAAGACAGGUCUUUCCGGAAUAGCCGGCAACAAGGGAGGCUGUGCCAUUCGCCUGGAGUAUUCCAACACUCGAAUCUGCUUUGUUACCGCGCAUCUCGCUGCGGGGUUUGCCAAUUAUGAUGAAAGAAACAGGGACUAUGAAACCAUAUACCAUCGCCCAGUUUGGGCCACCUUCCUUUGCGAAAUCAGCACCAUUGAUGAAAAUGCAAAGAGCGAGCUUAGACACACUCUUUACCAUCAGAAACGGAGCAACAAAGGUGAUAUAGUGACUGGUCUUGGGGAAAGACUGAAGCUAAAUGACGAGGAACUUGCAAACUUUGAUUCUGUUACGCUGGGGCUUCCGCCGGCCAGUUCAGACCAUCAGAAGUGGUGGUUAAAUCACGGUGACCCCGUGAAGUCGAACGUGAAGCCCCCUAAUGAUGGAUAUAUUCUUAACCGCUACCGUAGGUCCAACCCUUUCUCAUCAGAUAGCAACCCCGACUGGGUCGUUGGACUUCAGCAAGGUGGAUCUACAUCCAGACCUCUACCGCUUCCAAGGAGGAAUGUCUCAAAACUCACAAACCGGCCAAGGUCAGGCAGCGGCACGAGGAGUGGAAGUUAUUUGGAGAGACCGGAACGUGAAGACAUGGCUGCUAUGCACAGGAGCCAAUCACGCAAUACGAAGGCCAUUCCCCCUAUUCCACGAAAGCCAGUCUUACUUGCCACGGCCAUUGGACAACAGCACGGGAGCAGUUCGCAAUCCAGUGGUCUUGAUUCGGGAGAAGAUGCAGUGCAUGGAUCUGGCAGCAUUUUGGACGAUACCCCCGAUACAAAGAUCAACUGGAAACCUCUUCUGCCUCAGUGA